AAUAACUUCCUAUAGUAUUUUUAUUGUCUAACAGAUAAUUUCAAAAAUCAUGUGUUGUGUGGUGUUGUGGUAGAGAAGUAUUUAUAUGUUUGGGUCACUGAUUCAACUCUUAGUAUGCCCCUCAUUGUGAGAGAAUAUACUUGGCCCUCGAAGGCUAGCUUAUUGUGAUGGGUCAUCUUUAAGAUGGGAACCCUCAUGAGUUGUAAGUACGGUCAACUCAAGUAAAGCAGGAUGAAGUAUAAGACCCCUAUAGCUGACAUGUGAUACUCGGUAUUAUUAAAGCAUCAAAAGAGGGGAGAUUAGAUCUGCACCACGUGAUUCUUUUUGUAAAAAAAAAAGGAUAAUUUCAAACUAUAUCUUACCACUUGCCACGGGUCAUCUUUAGAUUCUUAUUUUCUGUCUUUUCAAUUAUAUGUCUUAUUACUUUCUUCUUCUUCUGUUUAGUCUCACCAAAUAUACAAAUUCACUUUAAAUUUUGACAUUCAUUAUUCUCACUAAUGAUCAUUUGGUCAUUUUUAUUGUAAAAAAAAAAUCACUCAAAUUGUGAUUACAAAGAUAGCUGUGAUCAUAUAAAGAGCUAAACAGAAAUGGAGACUCAAGAUCAAGAGCUUUUGAGUGAAGGUUAUGGUGGUUCUCUCCCGGUUGAGAAUGUCCAAGAUCUAGCUUCAAACAACCAUAAAGAAAUCCCACCUCGCUAUCUCCGGCCUGAAGCUGAACUCGAUUCAGUUUCUGUCCUACAAUCAUUGGAGCUUCCAGUAAUUGAUAUGACCAAACUGAUAGCUGACAACCAACAUCCAUGGCACCAUGAUGAAUUGGCAAAACUUCAUUUAGCUUGUAAAGACUGGGGAUUCUUUCAGUUAAUCAAUCAUGGGGUUCCUGAGGAAAUCAUUGACAAAAUGAAGAUUGACAUAGAAGAAUUUUUCAAACUGUCAUUAGUGAAGAAAAAAGCUUAUGCACAGCAGCCAAAUGAUGUUGAAGGCUAUGGCCAAGCAUAUGUUCAUUCUGAAGACCAAAAGCUUGACUGGGGAGACAUGUUAUUCCUUAGAACUCUUCCUCUCUCACACAGAAAUAUGAGAUGUUGGCCUAUUUCUUUUAGAGAAAGUCUAGAUAAAUACUCAAGGGAAGUGCAGAAAGUUGCAGUUUGUGUAAUGAAAUUCAUGUCUAGGAACCUUGGGCUUAAUUCUGAGACACUAUGUAGUAAAUUUGAGGAUGGAACACAAGGGAUGAGAAUCAAUUACUACCCACCUUGUGUUGAAGCUGACAAAGUAAUUGGUCUCACUCCACAUUCUGAUGCCACUGGAUUGACUAUGCUACUUCAAGUAAAUGAUGUACAAGGUUUGCAGAUCAAGAAAAAUGGGAAGUGGAUAGUUGUGAAACCUGUCCCAGGUGCAUUCAUAGUCAACAUUGGUGACAUCAUUGAGAUAAUGAGCAAUGGGGAGUACAAGAGCAUAGAGCACAGGGCUGUUGUGAAUCCAGAGAAGCAACGUAUUUCAGUUGCUGCAUUUCAUGGUCCACAUACCAAAGGCAUUAUCUGUCCUUUACCAGAUGUAGUAAGAAAUUGUAAGGCUAAGUAUAUGACUAUUAGCACAGAGGAUUAUAUCAGACUUCAGUUUAGUACCAAGCUUGAUGGUAAAAGCCGAGUAGAUCGUCUUAAGUUGGAGUAAAGUAAUGACUCGAAGCCAAAAAUAAGAAAGAAGAAGAAGAAGAAGCUAUUUAUACAAUUAUUAUGACAUGAUCAUCACAUUUUCUCUUCUGCUUCAA